AGUAACAUAAAAUAAUAAUAAUAGUAAUAAUAAUAAUAAUAAUAAUAGUAAUCACUCAGAAGUGAGCCCAGCUAAACUCAACGGUGGUUCCCCUCUGGUAAACUCAAAUGGAGAACGACAGGGCAAGGGGAUGGAAGGAGCGAAUCGGACGAGGCGGCUGAUAUUAACAGCGCUUUUCCCGACGCCGCUCGAGGCUUCUUCCACUCAGCGCGCAGAAGGCCCACUAGCGCCGCGCCGUCGGAGCCUGGCCAAAGCGCCCGCCUCUCGUAGGGGGCGGAGCCCCUUCAGGCCCGCCUCGCUCCCUUUGUGUUCACGGCUUCCACACAGCAGCGGCGGCAGUCGGCGGGGCUGUUUGCACGGCGGCUUCUACCUCGCCACCACCCGCCUUCUUUCGCCGGGCGCCUUCGGUUCUCCCGUGGCUCAAGCACCGCCGCCGCCGCCAUGUCGCUGGGAUCCGGCCCGGAGGCGGGUUUCUCCAGCGAGGAGCUGCUGACUCUGCGCUUCCCUCUGCAUCGCGCCUGCCGCGACGGGGACCUGCCGGCUUUGUGCUGCCUCUUGCAGAGCGCUCCCCGAGAGAACCUGGCAGCCGAGGACUCCUUCUACGGGUGGAUGCCCAUCCACUGGGCCGCGCAGUUCGGAAAGGUAUGGCGGGGGAGAGAGAGAGACCAGAGACAGGGGGACCGUUUCCUCAGGCGGCGCCAGGCCGUCGCGCGCGCGGGGCUGGAGUUCUAUGCCUCGAGCUGCUGGCUAGGAGCAACGGCCGGUGGGAGCGCGCCGGCGCCAUCUUAGAGCGCUUCUCCCGCCUUGUUCGCGCCUUGUUCGCGGUUGCCGCCAUUCCGCGCGCGCUCGUGUCUUUGUUAGAAUAAUAAUAAUAAUAAUUAAAAAAAAUAAAACCAAAAACGCUCCCACGCCGUUAACUUCCUCUCGGGGUGGUAUUGGAGAGGGAUAAGAAGGUGCCUUGGGAAGGGGGGAGUGGCGCGCGGCACUUGCUCGCGGUCUGUCAGCGCAGGCGAGGCGGCGCCGUUAGCCGGCCUGUGUGGGUUUCCCCCCCUUUUAUAUUUUUAAAUAAUAACGAGCCGAGAGCGAUGAAUUAGCAAAUCCCGGAGGCGAGCAGCAUUAGCCUGUUAUUCGGCGCUCUCGGAGCGACCUCGUAGGCGGCAGCCUCGGGAGCGUGAAGCGUUUCUACCCGGCCUUUUGCCUCAGCCGGCGCUUUGCGAAUCUGUGGCUCUCGAGGCUUAUAUAUUUAACCUUCCGGGGGGGAGCGUCGGAUCGUGGAGUUGGAAGAGAAACCCCACAACACGGUCAUCUAGUCCAACCCCGCCCCUGCUGUGCAGGAGCCUCAGCUGUGGCUUCGAAUACUUAUUAUUUAUUAAAUGUAUAUACCGCCCUAUACCCGGAGGUGGGCGGUUCACAGAACAAAAUUAAAAUAUAAAACCACAACAUACAUUACAUAUAAUCACAAUAAAAACAACAACCCAAUAACCCCCCCCAAAACCCCCCACAUUUUGAAAGAGAAUAGAAAGCACUGAGAGAUGUAGUAAGGCAUGAACUCUCUGUACCUAAGGGAACGCCUAAGAACAACACUCUUAAGCCCAUUGCUACAUAUCUUGCUGUCAAGGGGACGGAGGUUUUUUUUUCCCCUGGGUGAAGCAGGCGUUCCCAUUAGCGUUGUAAGUUACCAGUAAGAACCUGCUAUGGAUCCGGAGUAUUCCUGUUCAGGAUGGUUAGUGAACGCUCACAUUUGGUUGCUUCAGCCACCUUCCUCCCUUCUUGAACCCGAUAAUGUAAGCAAGCCAGGAACACAUAAAAGUAUUUGUGGUUCUUUGAUUAUUAUACACAACUUCCCGCUUUUAUUGUUGCAAGUCUUCCCUUGAUGCUGCUGUACUACAGUUCCCACCAUUUCUAACCCUUAGCCUUGCUGGCUGAAACUGAUGGAAGUUGGAAUCCAGCAUCAUCUGAAGGGCUGCAGUGGUUCCCCACCUAUAUGUCAUACUUGUCCAGUAUUUAUUUGUGCAUGGUCUUUGGUUGCUAUGCAGAGCUGUGGUGUUUGCCCUAGUACAACAGAGCUAUAGUGGCAACCUUCUUUACAUAUUCUGCCCCUUUCCAUCAAAUGUUGGAUUACAAAAUCCUCCCCUGUUGAAUCAAAUUCAGAAGAGGAGAGGGCCCCUGCGCCUUGGGAUAAUUGCGUGGAAGAGAUCUCAGCAAGUUCUACACAACUAUUAAAGGAGUGUUGCCGUUGUCUACGUCUGGCUACCCGAAUUCUGAAUCACAGUUGACCUCCUUCCUCUCUUAUCUUAGAGAGAACAGAACUACACCCACUGCUAGAUUCCACUUCUGCCUGUUUUCCAGUAGUUAUCCUUUGUGCUACCCAUGGGAUUGGUUAGAGGUGCUCUUGAGUUCAUUGUAAAAACCUAAUCUCACCUUUCCACUUUGGUUUGCCACUUGUUAUUAAAAACUCUGUCAGCCACCUGUUUGUGAUGUUCAAGUUCUUGAACACCUACGCAGUUUGCUCUGACACUGAUGUAUUUGUUAUGGCAUCAAAGUUGUUCAGUCCUAAAAGAAAGGGAGUGUUCUGACUCUGCCUAUGUUUGGCAACAAUAAAUCUUACUGCGAAAUGAUCCUCUGAUAGUGGAUGAAGAUUAACGUAAUCAGGAUUCUUUCAUGUACACUGGUUUUCUUAGUGGUAUCAGCGUUUUCUAUGGUUCUGAUACAUUUUUCUGUAGAGCCCUAUCAAAAUAUAUAACUAUUUUCUGUGGGCCUACUACUCUUAGUAGAAUUUAGUUGGAUGCAACCCGAAGAAUAGUCAAUCGUUAAAAAUAAAAUUCCUUUGUGAGUGUAAGCAAGUACAAACAACUUUAUAAACUGACACAGCAUGCCAAGUUUCUGCUCCUAAAUUAUUGCAGCUUCUGUUUCCUUUCUCCCACUCUUGUAAUGUUUCUUUUUCCUCAUCUCUCAUUUUGUCAUCUUCUAGUGUUUGCCAAGAAGAUGAAACCCUAGGAUAUUAUUAGGCGCCAGGCAAAAACAUUUGUCUUCUCCUAGGCCUUUGUUGAAUUAAUGUAUGUAUGUUCUUUCAAUGUGGGGGGAGGGGGGAGAGAGCGCGUUUUUGUUUGUUGCUAUGUAACAUACUUUUGUGUUUUUGUAUUGUAAACUGCCCUAUCAACCUCAGAAAAGGAUGGUAUAUGAAGUAGUAGCAAAUAAAUAAAUAAGAGGAAAUAAACAGUAUGUCGUGCUUUUAGCCUAAUUACUCCCUGUGUAAGACAUUUCUUUGUGAUCUUAUUUGGAAACAUGUUAACAGCACUAACUGGCAACAAUUAUCAGUUUGCAUACCAAAGCAAAGUAUGUGUUUACUAAAUUACUUUCCCCCAAAGUAGGGUGGAUAAAAAUAGAUUUUAAUAGGGCUUAUUAUAAUAACAGUGCAACUGAAACCCCUUCUGCACCAGGCAGGGAUGGGUUGGAUUGGGUAGAGGAGUCCCUCAGCCAGGCCUUCCGGCCUCUGCCUGUGAAGUGACACUGCCAUCAUUCUAGUGGCAUGGAGUUCCCAUUUCUGCCUGCAGAACACAAAGGCAGGUAAAAGUGCCACCAGUGGAAUGUUUAGACAGCCUACAAAAAGACUGACAAUGGACCAUGGGGGGGGGUUGAGCCCUACAGGGGGAUCUGCUGGAUCUGAAGCCAGCCCCCACUACGAUCACAUUAUGGCAUGGGUCAGCAAACUAAGGGCCAGGGGCCAGAUCCAGCCCAAUUACCUUCUGGAUCUGGCCUGCGGACAGUCCGGGAAUUGCGGACGUGGGGAUUCUGAUCAUUCAGGCUGCGCCAUUCCCACCCCCUCACACACACCGCAGUGGUGCCUCCUCCCUCCAUCCACCUGGCUUCUCCCCGCCCUGCCUAGAGAAGGAAGGGGGCUGGGCUUUGUUGAGCUGCAGAUGGCUGAGCGCCAUUUUAAGCAGCCCCUCUACAGAGCCAGCCCUUUUGCACUGCUCAUCAUCCCGCCACUCAUCCCUCCGCCACCCCCAGCCCCUGCCGCUCGCAAGGCACAGGUAAGCAGCCACUGGGGCUUGUCCAGUGCUGUGGAGAAGGGAGGGUCGGGUUGUUGUUGUUGUUGUUGUUUUCCAAAAUAUAGUCCAGCCUCCCACAAGGUCUGAGGGACAGUGGUUCGGCCUCCUGCGGAAAAAGUUUGCUGACCCCUGCAUUAUAGCAUUGAGCCCAAUGCAGGCCCAAUUGCUGUGUCAGCUGCAGGCUUUCAGAAGGUUAUAAUAUGCAGUAGCAUUCUGUUGCAGAUUCUACUUCUAAAUGUAUUAACUAUAUUUUGUACCAGAGACUAGAAGUCUUUGCAAUUUGCUCUUAGGCUGUAGUUAUUAAAACUUUUAUCUGCUGCGCAUGUGCAGGUUUUUUAAAUGUACAUUUUAAAGGAAACUAUGAACCUGUCCAAUAACCAUUGGUCUACUUUUUCUGAAAAGUUUUAUGUAUUUAAUCAUUGAAUAACUGGUCUUGGUUGCUUAUGUACAAAGAACAGUACCCCCCCCAUGUUUCUGCCCACCCUUUUCGAAAGAGCAUACAGUCCUAUAAAAGGUUUGUGGAGUUGUAGUGGAUCACACACACACUCCAGGCUCUGAUAGCAUUAGUUAGAAAUCAACAUGCCCUGGGAUCCAUUAUGAUGAAGGGCAGGUUCGAUAUAUAUUAGUGUUAACAUACACUUCAUUUAGAAAGUACCUUAAGUAUAAUGACAAUCAAAUUACUCUUGAUUAAAAGGAGAAAUCAAAUGUCUGUCCAUAAUGGUUCGUGUUUGGCUCUUUUUGCAUUGCUUCAGUUUCUGCAGUGUGGGAAAAAAAGCAAAGAUGGCACUAACAAAGCAGACAAUACCAACGUAUGAAGCGUGGAAAAUGGUAGAAACGGAAUUGAUGUACUUUGAAGAAUUGGCAGGCUCAAAUUAUUGUUUAGAAUGUCUUUUAUUACCCUAGAACACACCUGAUGUUAUAUGUGAUGUUGGAUGAGGGGUAGGUGCAGAUGUGGCUCCCAGUGCACAACUGGGAGACUUAAAGUGUGUUCCUGAUUGGCAGUGACAGCAAGCCUCCCUUGCCAAAGUGUAGCCAGCUUAUUGGCAGUGAGAGCAACCCAGCUGGAAUCAGCUGUGCUACUGAGUCACCUAAGCACAUACCAGCUGGCAGAUGCUCACUUCUAGCUUCCUGGAAUCUGCAGCACUGCUAACUUCCACAUGAUGAAUUCAAUAGUACAGCCAAGUGGAGCUGGAACUGAGCACUGCCAGUUGGUAGGUGCUCAGUUCAAGUUCAGUUUUUCUGCAGAAGUCAGCUCCAGAUAGCUCUGCUCAACUCUUUGAAGUGCUGCCAUCACCUGAUGAUGUGCCGUUCAAUGAUUGACAGGUGUCGUUCCCCCCCCCCAAAAAAAACCCCUGUCAAGUUUGGCCCACAAGGGGUAUGAGGAAUAAGGUUCUGUCCUACCAGCCAGAUCUAGCUUCCCACCCCUGGCCCUAGGGGAAUUUCAACAGCAUUAAAACUAACAUACACACCAUAAUCAAACACAAAAACAAUAUUUGGUAAUUUCUCAUUUCCUUUCAUAUAUAUCUGCCUACAUAUAUAUUUGCAUUCUUUUGGCUUUAAAAAAUGCUCAUUCAAAUAUUGCCUUCUCUUGGUGACCUUUUAUCUAGUUUGGAAAUGAGUAUUCUGUGGCUACUGUUUUUACUGAGUCCCUCUUUGGUGGCAACCUUUUCAACUCUUUCCUGGGAGUAAUAUUGCUUUUGAGUAAACAUGUAUAGAAUUCCUCUGUAAAUUUCAUAAAUACGUAAAAUAGUCUGAUUUCACAUGCAAACUUAUAGCAACUUAGGGUAUAUAUUUUAUGUUAUGUUCUUGUAAUGAAAAACCAUGGCUUAUUUUUAUAUCUGAGAAGCUUUAUGGUGAACAGGGAUUGGCCACAGAUUCUUUUAACAGUUUAUGUGAUAUCAGGUUAAGACAAUGAGCUAUUUAUAUGACACCAGGUUAAUACAGUGAUGUGUAUAAUUAAACAUGUGCUUUUUCUGUUCUUUGUUUCUUUCUAAAGCUGGACUGUUUAAUGCAGUUAGUGAGAGCGGGAGCUACUGUUAAUGCCUGUACAACACGUCAUGCCCAAACACCAGCCCAUAUUGCUGCUUUCGGAGGACAUCCUCAGUGCCUCAUCUGGUUAAUUCAAUCAGGAGCCAACAUAAACAAACAGGUAUUGAUAAGUUUGUGACUCACGUUGUUUGAAUAUAUCCUUAAGAGAGGUAUUUCAGUAUCCUGGAUAAGCUGUCUCUGUGGAUUUGCUCCUGCUUGAAUGACCUAUUUCAGAAGGUGAUGCUGGGGAUCAUUACUGCACCAGCCCAUGGUUGUCAUCUCCUGUGCCAUUCAAUACCGGCAUCAAAUGGUUAGGACAUGUUAUCUGGCAUGGGCUGAGGUGUCAUCAAUCGGCAGAUGACACCAAGCUAUACACAUCAUUUUACUUCAUAUCCAUGUGACACAGUGGUGUUGUAAACUACUACAGUCCAUGGUUAUGGACUGGAUGAGGGCUGAAAUAGAGACUCAGUCUAGACAAAAUAAAGAUAUUGUGAAUGGGCAAUAUUCUCAUGAUCUUCAACUUGUUUUGGAUGGGGUUUCACUUCCUCUAAAGCAGUGAUGGCCAAACUUUGCCCUCUAGCUGUUUGGGGACUACAACUCCCAUCAUGCCUAGCUAACAGGACCAGUGGUCAGGGAUGAUGGGAAUUGUUGUCCCAAAACAGCUGGAGGGCCAAGUUUGACCAUCACUGCUCUAAAGGAUCAGGUUUGUAGCUUGGAGGUGCUCCAGCUGCCUCACUUUUGAGGUACAGGUGACCCCAGUGAAUUAAAGUGUCUUUUAUCCUCUUCAUUUGACAUGCAAACUGUGGUGCUGUCAAGACAGAGAGAGGUGGAAAUUUUAGCUUGUCCAAAAUAAGUGGUAGGAAGUUGAUGCUUCAAGACACCUGGAGCUCUUUGAAGCAGUAGUUUUAUUUACGUAUUGUUUAAAUAUAUAUUCUGCUUUUCGGGUAUUAAAAAAAUAGUCAUCAUAGGCCGUAUCAGCUGGGGGUUGAUGAUAUGUAGCUAAUAAUCUUUGGAGGUCUACAUGACUCAUAUUCUACUUGCCUCUGGUCAAAUGUUUGCACAUCUGUCCUAUAGUCAGUCCAAGUCGCUUUGCUAAUCUGUCAUUACCCAUUUUUUGUCUUCAGUCCAAGAAUUCUUAGCUUAACCUAUACAUAUUUUGUAUUAAUCUGCUAUAUAUUUCCCCCCAGGAUUAUGGUGGUGAAACUCCUAUUCACAAAGCAGCCCGGUCUGGUAGUAUGGAGUCCAUAAGUGCCCUUGUGGCUCACGGAGCUCAAAUAGAGUAAGUAAGGUUUGGAGAUAUUUUGAGUAGUUGUGUGUCUAGUUAACUAACAUAGAGCAGUAAACUCAGGUAUUAACUGAGAAACGCAGAACAACAGGCAACUAACUAAUGGAGAUGAUUUCAAUUAGACAUGUUGAAUUAUGCUAAGUAUUGUACCUUUAACAUGUCUUGUAACUUUACACAUUUUACCGUGCAAUCCUAUACACAUUUACUCAGAAGUAAGUUCCACUGUAUUCAGUGGCCUUGUACUCCCAUGCAAGUGUGCAUAGCAUUGCAGCCAAAAGUGAAAUCAAUGUCUGUCAUCCAUGAAAGAGUGCAUUUUUAAGUUAACACUAUUAAUUGCACUUUGUAGAAUAAGCUAUUAAGUAUUUAAGAGCCUAUAGCUAUAUUUAAAAUAUGACAGACCAAUUAGUUUUUUGUUAGAAUAGAAUUUUAGGUAUGCACAUUAGUAGGAUUGGUAGUGUUUCAUAGUAAGUUCUGUUCUUGCACUUUUAACUUUUUCUUUAAAGGUACUGUGUUCUUCAAAACAUUCAGAAAAUCUCACAAACAAUGGCAGCAUACCGCAUGGACAAAUUGGAUGCACUGUUCACUAGAACUGUUGAGUAUAAGCUGUAUGGCUUAUAAUAUAAAUGAUGUUAGCUUUUUCUCUUACAGCUAGUUUUAGUAUUUAAAUAGUACUUUGUAUCUUAAUCUGAAGUAUAAACUUUCCUUUUAGUACAAUAAGAGUUUGGUGCUUGUUUAACCCUUUGGUUUCCAUUUAUUAAAUCGGCUAAUACUGAAACUCAAUAGAGAGAUACCUUAAAUCCUCUUACACAUUUUAUAAGUUAUUCAACAUAAUGGUCUUGUUCAAAAAGUGUAUAUAUCUCAUAGGUCUUCCAUUGAAUUAUUCUAAUAAAAUCUUUAGACCUGUCCAAAAUCUUUGGUCUUACCUGAAAGUUGGUAAGUUUUCUCUCUCCCCCCCCCCCCCCCGGUCUAUACCCUUUUUAAAACAUGAAAUAUUCUACUGAAGUUUUCAAAUGCGGAUGCCUAAAUAGAGCCACAUCUCAAAUGGAGGACAAAAAUUUAUCUUAAAUAGAAAACCUGACAAUAAAAAAAUGGAGAUAGCAGGAAGAUAUAGAACUUACUGUGCAAGAUAAGUUGUUUGAAGUAAUGCUUGGGGAAAAUAAAAUAAGACCUAUAUAAAGUAACAUUACUGUAUUUUGUAAGGACUGUGUUUCAGAAUAUAGUUGCUGUUAACUAUUUAUAUUUGCUGUACUUUCAGACAUUACAUAGCAAGCAGAGCACUCAUUGUUCGUGCCAACUUAAUACAUUUAGCUUUUCUCUGGCUUUUUCCUUUGUUGGUUUCUCCAUUAGGGCCACAAUCUUGACUCCAUAGAAUCAUAGAAUUGUAGAGGUGGAAGGGACCCCAAGGGUCAUCUAGUCCAACCCUCUGCAAUGCAGGAAUUUCAACACUUGGUCCCCAGUUAUCAAAUCAUCAGUGAUUUGUGAUAAAUGGCAACAUGCAAGUAACUUUUGAGUAUGAGCAAAGUGUCUGUUCCUACCAAAUGAUUUAUUUAAAAAGUAGAUUUUCUAACACAAGCUUAGUUACCCUUCUUCCUUUCUGUGCUGUUUUAGUUUUAGAACACGAUAAAUCCUUGGGGGUCUAAAAGAACCUCAACAGAUAAGACAUGAGACUCAAUUACUGUAAGGUUACUCAGUAGAUUAAUUUUUAAAAAUCAUUCCAGCCUCCAAUUUUCUAUCCCCUUUUGUCACAGAAUAUACGUUCAUUCUGUCUGGGUUUUGACCAUUGGUGACCCCUUAGUACAAAGCACCUUGAGUUUCCUACCUGCUGGUUUAUAUAUGUACACACCUGCUCAUCUCAGGGAGCAGUUCUUUAGAACAAUGGUGUUUGGUAACAACCAGCUUUGUGUUUGGCAAGCAUGGGAACAUAUGGAAUUAAAUUGUUUCAGUAAUGUGAUAUCUGAAAGUACUAAAACUUCCAAAUAUGCAAAGCAGCCAUUUUUUUAAUCAAACAUUAAUUUGAUGCCUACUGUCAUAAUAAUAAAUUUACUGAUCUACCUGCGAACAUUUCAGUUUGCUUUUGUUGUGGCAGUAGUAAUGCAAACCAUUUGUAUAGUAUCAUAAACAUGCCAGGCAUUACGUAAGCAAGAUUCGUGUUGGGCAUAUAAGGAGCUAUACAUAGGCGGGUGGUUGAAAAAACUCAUGAGCACUACUAGAACGCUAUGAGAGUUUCAGUUCUCAGUUCUAGUUUUCAGAUCUAGAUGUUGAAAAUAAAGAUGUUCUCAUUAGUUACUGCAAGGUAAUUGGCAAUAUAGGUAUCUGCUUUGAAAACUGAAGUUUAAAAGGUGGUCAUGUUUCACAAGAUAAUAAGUGAGUUUUAAAAAAUAACACACUCCAUACUUUUUUGUCUUGCCUAACUUUGUUCUGAUCACAAAUAUUCAGUAAUGCUAUUCAAAAUAGCUUUUGCAAUGUGUAAAUUGUAUUAUGAUAUAUCAGUAGAAUCCGUCCACUGAAUUUGACCUUGGUUUUCUAUGGAGCUUAGUUUUAACCAUACCUAAAAUAUUGACAUUUUAAAAAAAGAUUGGACAAAAUGCAUUUCUAGUAUCUUCAUAUAACUUUGUUUGCAUAGGCAGAUAUAUAAAUCUGUCAUUUUGGAAACGUGGAUUAAAACUAGAAUACAGUAAUGCACAUCCACCCUUAGGCCUGAAAUGAACACACGUCCAAGGCUUCAUUCUCUUUUUCAUGGUGAGAAAUCUUGUAACGUUAAAUUCACGUUACAGUGACAUUUCAUAAUUGAAAUACUGUUUUAAAGCAUGACUAUUUUGCUUGCUUUAGCAUUUUUAUGUUUUACUAAUAACAUUUUUGCCAGUUUAAUUGGGAAUGGAAGGCUCUUAGCCUGAAACUUUUAAUCAAUCCCUAUUUUAAAAAAAAUAAAAAACACCUAGCAAUUCUGAAAUAAGGGGAUUAAAAUAAGAAAGUGUUGCUUUCCCUAAUGCUGAAGUUGGAUCCCUUGAGUUGUGUAUAUUUAAUAGACAGCAAUGUUAAAUGUACCCCAGUGGAAAAUAUUUUGAUGUGUUUUGUUGGAUUUUACCUUCUCAUUUUAGCUGGAGCAUAUUCUGUGCACUGUAUACCCAACAGAUAUAAACAUGGUUGCUCCUUUAACUUUGGUUCAGUGUUCAUGGACACGAGAAGAAGGGACGCAGGUGGUCCUAAUGUCCUCAUAUAAAUAAAAGGUUUGAGGUGUAACUUUUUAAUGUGGAUACAUAAAGUGACUUGAUUUGAGAACUGCAUAAUGACAAAUAUUUGUGCAUUUUACAUAUUUAAUCUUGUACCAGCGCAUGUACAAUUUUGGUGCCAUGUUUUCUUUUGCCUUUCUAGUGUAACAUCAGUGAAAGUCAAUAAAAAUAUAUUUUUUAAAUCUACAUUUUUAUAACAUAGCUGAAGUAUGUGUCUGUAGGUAACUGAGUGUAUGUAGCAUUAAACAGGAGAAGAUCUCUCAUCACUUUCCUGCAGUUUCUGUCAAGGUUCUUACAUCCUGUAUUUCUUCUAGAAAUGAAAGACGGUGUAUAAAUUCUUUUAAUUAUAACUGCAAUAUAUCUUCUGUUCACCACAUCUUCAAGUACUUCAAGGUAAUUGAAGGAUUGCUUCAUCUAUGUAGACUACUUCAGAGCUGCAACAGUUCAGUUGAGCUGCAUUAUAAAUUUCUGACGAAGGACUAUUGGAAUCACAAGUUUUCCUUUGUGAACAGCGCUUUGUUAACAGCUUUUAGGUUUUAGCACAAAGAUGGUAGAGAUGAGACAGGAUGAAUUGGCUCAACUCUUGGGUAUCCCAGGGAGGAAGAAGAAACACCCUAACCUGUGUGCAUAUAUAUAUGACAACAGGUUCCCAUAGUCUCACAGGAGAAUCCAAAGGGGUCUCGCAGAACAGGAAUCCAAGGGGAGAGUACCCCAACCCACAAUUUCUACCUAAUGCCAAAGCACCACCCAUACUCAUGGAAAGCAACCAGCUUGCAUCUAAAUAUAAAACCUGCAGCUACGUAAUUGUAACAAUACAAAUUAGAUUUAAGAUUUCUUUCUACACAGAAUUCUAGAGUCAUGAAUGUAGUAUCUUUCAUUGGAAAGUUCAUGUGUUCACAACUAGCUGGAGUGGGCUUUGCCAACCACAAGAUUGAGUCCAAGACCAAAUAGGAAUCACUGUGGUCUGCAAAAUACUGCUGGCUCGUUACAGUUCUUUUGCUAUGAAGCUGACUAACAAGUUUCAUUUCUAUUAAAUAGAAGGCAGAAAUGUGCACUAUUUGUUCCAUUACAAGUGAAGAUUUAGGACCAUAAAUAGAUUCAGGGUCCCCGAUCUUUUAAUCUACAUUUAUAAACUGAACAGUGUGCCUAGUGUUAGCAAAGUAAUUAGAACAAAAGUGACGUUUCCCCUUUUUGAUGGAUGUGGCAGGACUUAAAUUACAUCAGCUGUCAAGAAUAAGCCAGAAACAAGGUCUGCUCAGAGGAGCCAUGCCUAAUGAGCACAGCAGCUCUUCUCAGUAGGUGAAGCAGUUGUGUCCCCACCUUCCCAAACUGCCUAAGGCUCCUCUACCAGGUCCAUCCCAAGCAAUCUGAGAUUCUCCGGGUGCACCUGUCUUUUCUCCUCCUCCUUCAUACCAUUCCUGGUCUUGGGAGAUCGAGGGAAGGGCUUUCACAGCAGGAGGGAGAGGCACUUUGGCUUCUUCACCAGCCCAACUCAUCUCUGGCUCUUGGCUUCCCUCCUCUCCUGCUUCUGAUUCUGAACUUCUCUCCGCAACAAACUUUCCCUGUUCACUGAACCCUGUUAGCUUUUCAGCUUCUGACACCACCACCUCCCAGUCUUCUCCCUCUGACCACUCAUCAUCCUCCCACCACCAAUCCCUGAGCUUGAGCCUUCUUCACUUAGGGGUUCCCUAGCUGGUGCAUCCCACCAUUCUUCUGUGUUCACCCAUAGAAUCCAUGAUCUCGAUUCUCUUCCUCAAUGUAUCAGCUUUUGUAUUGGUUUGUAGGGAAGAGAAGCAUAUGCAGCCAGUUUCCAUCAUUCUGCUUACCAGAGGUUGGUUCUGUAAGCAUUCACAAUAUAUAUUUCAUGGGGCUCCCGUGGAAUCCAAGCCAUUCUUUAUUUUCCCAAUUAUAUCUUCACUUUACAUAUGAUUUUAUGAAGUCUCAAGAUUGUCUUCUGUCUCUACAUGCAAAGCAUGAAUACACUAUACCUGCAGGUCGUAAUAUAUUUUGGUAGGAAGAUGAGAAAUGUUUGUAAUUUUUCCUCUUGUUUGGUUUGUAAAAAUAAACAUGAGCAGUGUUGUUACUUAACAUCCAGUUCCAUAGACCACAUUUAAUUCAUAAAGGCAGUGUCUUAUUAAUAUUUAUUCAACAUACACAUUCCAGCGCACUGUAAAAGGCAACCUGUUAAAUUUUUGCCUGGAUAUUAGGUUUUUUUAGAAAUUGCAUUUUAGCUACUACAGAGCGUAGGGCUUGCCGAUCAGAAGGUUGGCAGUUCAAAUCCCCGCGACGGGGUGAGCUCCUGUUGCUCGGUCCCAGCUCCUGCCAACCUAGCAGUUCGAAAGCAUGCCAAAAAGUGCAGGUAGAUAAAUAGGUACCGCUCCAGCAGGAAGGCAAACGGCGUUUCCGUGCGCUGCUCUGGUUCGCCAGAAGCAUCUUAGUCAUGCUGGCCACAUGACCUGGAAACUGUACGCCGGCUCCCUUGGCCAGUAAAGUGAGAUGAGCCCCGCAACCCCAGAGUCGUCCGCAACUGGACCUAACGGUCAGGGGUAUCUUUACCUUUACCUAACUUUGGUUAUUUAAAGCUUGCUAUCUGGUAAGAGAACGAUAGCUCUCGGAUCCAAAAUGCACAGUAGCUUUUAUAAAGAGUAAAUGCAACAUUCAGGGUCAUCUUCUGUAUUUUCCUUUCAGUCUAUUUGUAAAUGACAUUUUACAAAUCCAGAAUGCUUCAAAAUAAUUCCUAAGGGGACUGAAUUGAACAGCAUCUUGCUUUACAUAAUGUAAGACUUCUUGUUUCUGUAGUCACUUUGUCAAGAUUUAACAGUGCUUGUGUUUUGGCUAUGUUUGAUAUUGCCACCUGAAAAAACUAUUGAUUUGUCUCAUUUAAUACACUCCUUGGAUGUUUCUUCAUCAUAUUGAAGUACUGUAAGUACUUGUAAAAUCCCACAAGAAAGGGGAACCUUGUAGUUGUUGGGGUUUUUUUGUUUAUUCUUCAAUCCUAAGCAUAUAAUAUAAUAACACUUAGGUUACACAGAAAGUGCAAACUUACAAAAAUAGUAAAUUAUAGCUGAUUCAGGGUAACAUACUAGUGGGCCAAAAGCCCGUCUUUUUUAUUUCAGGGAACCUGAGCACGUCAAUUCUUGUCAGCUCCGUGAUUUCAGUUAUAUUAUAGGAGAGUGGCAGACGAAAAGAAUUAGGAAUCUCUUUCCCCUUUUGUACAGGAGUAGUUAAAAACACUGCAUAUACAACUUUGGAGAGAACAAGUUCAGGAAUAUUGGAAUUGGAGGGAAAUACAUUUAUUAGGACUAGUCAAUGUUACUUUACCCAGCUUUGUGCUCCGUUUCUGACUGAGGGGGAGAAAUGCCUUUCUUAAGAAAACACAGUUUAAAAUUCUGUCUGCAGUCUUAUUUCAGCUUUAUGGCAACAGUGAAGGAAACUUCUGAAGGCUCUUAGACUAAGAUAUGUUACAAGAAGGAAGCAGGGAGAACAUAGUGGUGAGCAGUUAGCCAUAUCUGCGUAUUCGAUAUCAGAACUUGAAGAUCUUUGUAAAGCAAAGUACGGAAGCAAAGAAGAAAUAUAAUAAUCCUCAUGCUGAAAAAAUAUAGAUAAGUUAUUUAAUGUGAAAUGAAAACAUGGCACCAUAAUUAUGUAUGUUUGCAGUACAUUUCUGCAGUAACUCUUUAAGUGAAGUUUUCCCCAAUUGGUCUCUUGUUAUUUGUUCACCACAGUUUCAAGAUCAUUCUGUUGUACUUUCUAUUUUUGGAUGCCAAAGGGUUAAAACUUUCAGUUUAGCUUCUUUAUUUUAUUAUUAUUAUUAUUAUUUAUUUAAUGCUUUAAUGGUCUUAGGCUGGGGUCUGAGGAGCCUAUGGAAAAAAAACUUGUUCACUUCUGCAGUGCUGUAGCAAGAGUUUUAUUCUUUAAUCCCAUGUAUUAGCUACUUUUUUCGUGUAGGCAUAGUUGGUAAUUCUCUUUACAUGCAAUUUACCAAAAUUUAAAGUAACGGAAGCCAUGAAUUGACAAUUUGUUUCUAGUACAUAUCAUGUUUACAUUUCAGAGAACUGACAGAAUUACAAUGGGCUUCAGGAUGAAAAUCCGUGCUUGAGAGUCCGUGCUUGAGUCAGGCGCUCUGUCUCAUUGUUAAGGUGGUCACAUGAUGAUGGCUUAAUAAUAAUUAUGUGCUACUGCACUUUAUGUAUGUUAAUAUAACUUUUAAUCUUAAUGUUGCCUGCAAAUAUGUGAUCCCUUAUGAUGUAAGUUUCCUGUUUUAUGCACCAUUGCCCGUUUUUUUUUAAAUCAAAGAGAAGAUUCUGAAACUAUAAAAACUACACAUGUCAAUGUUUUACAGCUACGUAAUUCGAAUUGACUUGAUUUUUUCAAGUAAUCCUAGAAAGGGGGAGCAUUCCAUAUAGAAACUGCUGAAACUGCCACAGGUGCUUCUCCGAAAACCUUACAGUUGUGGCAUUGAAUGUUCAGUAUCGCUUCCUUUCUGCACACAAGGCAUACUGUUGAGGUAUUUGUUGCGGUGAUUGGUUUUAAUGCUAAUCUAGGAAUUCAGAUAUAGCAUAUAUAGAUUUGCAUGCUUUUGCUUACCCUAAUUACAGUUUUAUAAAAAAAAUUGUAAACUAACAAUAUAUUAAGUUUGAUUAUUUUUAAAUGGGCAUAUUACAUUAAGAAUUGAGGUUUUAUUUUCUUAAGAUUGUCUCAUGGCAUUAAUGAUGAAACAUUUUAAGCUACAGAUAAAGUGGCAAUCACCCCAGUUUAGGGGUUUUUUUAAUUUAAAAAACAUUUUUAAUCCCCCCCCCCUUUCUUAAGAGUUUUAAGUAGGCCUGUGUUUUGUUCAAAGUAUGUGACAUUAUAAGUGGAUGAUACAUUCAGGAUGCGAGUGGUAUUCAAUUCCCCUUUCCCUCCCCUCCACCCAGUAAGUCAGAUGCAAAAUUGCAAGGAAGAAAAGAAUAGGGGCAAGUUUCCUUUUGUCAACUCGGAAAAUUAACUCAGUAGACCCCCUAUCACAUUUGUAUGUUUAUAAACCUCCUAGGGAUACUUUUUGGAAAUUUGAAUCAUGCCUCAAUGAUUGUAAUUAGCAAGGUGAUUAAAAAAAAUUAGGUUGAUGCUCUUAAGUGUUUGCUCUCUGUAUUUCCCCCCGUUAAAUCAGUUCAUCCUAUUGGAAUUAUCUUGAAAAAUUGAUUAUCUGACCACAUGUAUAGGAUGGGCUACCCUUUUCCUUAGGUCACAUUAUUGAAAACAAGCAGUAGUUAUAUAUAUAUCUGACAGAGAGCAAUCUCCUGGCACUUGAGAUUCCUGCAGUGAAAGUUAACUUUGCAUUUAGGAUUAGGUUGAAAUUCCUAUUGUAGUGAAGGAAUAUCUACUUGAUGACUGAUCAAUUGGAGUCUGAUAUGCCCAUGAAUCUUAAUGGCAAGAUUGCAAUAUAUUUAUACUUAAAGAUUGUAUGCUGCAUCACUGCCAUCCUUUAAUAGUUGGUUUAUAAUAUUACAACAGUCUCAAAUGAAUCAUGGCCCUAGAAUGGAUGUCAUGGUGACAUAGCUAAAUGGAAACUCAAAACAAGAAGAGUGAGAUCCACAGAUGAGAAGACUCCUUGUCAAGACUAAUCAGUAGUAAUGAAGAUUCUGGAAGCAGCACAUUGCCCAAGAGGAAAAUGGAUGAGACAAAGGGGGAGAAAUCUGCUAUGAAUGUUACCCUUAGUACUACAAACAAAGGUAUACAUGUACAUCACUGUUAAAGGUCAGAAGAUAAAGAAUUUAACUCAGAUGAAGUUUAAUCAUGUAUAAUUAUAUGUACAUUCAGAUACCUCACGACAAAAGCAUUUGGAUUACUAAUUUUGUUCAAACUGACCUUUUGCAUUUGGAAGGACACAGUUCUUGCCCCCCCCCCCACCUCUGAACUUUAGUAUUCCUGUUUUUAUCUUGGUAAACUCUUGAAUAUGUCCUAUGCCACCCUAGAUUAGAGAGCUUCUAUUCCCACCAUCCAAGAUUAUAGGUCUGGUUUUGUUUUUUGUUUUUUUAAAGCAUAUAACCAUCUCUUACUGCAACAGCAGCAACAGAAGUUAAUAUCAGCAGGACAAGUCUAACUUCCGUGCUCGCUUGCAAUCUCACAUGUUGAUCUUUGUAUAUUGUCUUCGCAGGCUUGCACUAUUUCAUGAGGGGUAGAAGGGCCAUCUAGGUGCAACAUUUCAAUAGGGCUUGAUUUCUGUUUUUUUCUGACUUUGAUUCUAUUUCAUGAAUUAUUCUUGAUGAAUAAAACCUUUGUGCUCUUGCUUAAGUAUCUUUUCCUUUCUGGUUUAAAGCUCAAAUUAGUUCCAGCGUUAUGUGUACUACCAGUUAUGAUUCGUUUCACGUAAAAAACCAUAUUGAGGGAAGCCAACCAGGUGUAUCAUAGGAUUGAAUGAGAAUGAUAGCAAAAAGGGAAUCAUUUUGCAGGACCAUUUUUCAAAAAUGAACAGGAAGACUCUUUUGACUUUGACCUUUUUUUCGUAACGCAAAGUUAUGUCUUUUAGUAGGUCUCAAGGCCUUCUACAAGUUAAUGAUCUAGAUUUUUUGCACUAGCAGGUUAAUCUGUAUACCAAGUGAUCAAGUUCACAAUACAGUGUGAGUGCAUUUGCUUCUUUGUUAGAGGGCCAAGAUUAUAGAUCAAAUCAAUCACUCUUUUAACAUGCAGUAUUUCCUUAUGUUCAUAUUCAUAUUUUCUUUGGGUAGGUUUGAAAUAAUAAAAGCUGCCUUAAUUCUUGGGAUUGGGGCAAAUAAACUUCUGUGCCAUUCUGUUCUUGAAGAUCCUCUUGCUGAUCCUUGCAACUGCCUUUCUCAGAAUUCCCAGAUACUACUUUUAAGCUUAUUGCUUUCAUCAGAUAUUACUUCCUUAACAGAAAACAUGAAAGUCUCUAGGUGUUUAUAAGAAAAGGAAGCUUUGAGAAAGUCUUAAUUAGAUCUCACACAUACCUCCCCUUUAAAUUUAGUGGCUUUGGUGAAUAGAAAACUAGAACAGCUUUCUUCUGAAAAAGCUACGCAAUUUCUUCUCUUCUUUUUCCCUUGCUCCUGUUAUUCCAAGCUUUAGCAUGUGCUAGUCUGGGCCCUGGGUUAGCUUUUAUUUGCCACUCUGAAUGGGUGACAUUUUGCUUUAUAAAAUGUCCUUCACAAAAUUGUACACUCCUCUUGUUCUUUUUUUUCAGGGAAAUUCCCUAAGGUUGAAUCCUUGAGAUUUAAUAUUCUUAAUAAUCUUCACUCUUAAAAACUAUGAGUUUCCACUUUAUCGAUUCUAUCUUCCCACCAUUUAUUUGCUUCAUAUUUGGAGCUUUCAAUACAGCUUUAAAAGAGGCAUGGAGGCUUGGGGACUGAAGUAGAAAGUCAGACCCAUGGCAAAUGGGGUAUCUUGUUCUGCUGUGGAAUCACACAUUCCUGGACCUAUAUUGGCUAUGUCUUGUUGCCAUUUUGGCAGUUUGCUGCCUCCAGGUUAUCCAUAAUGUGAUGACAAUAAUCCAACACUGCCCCUCCAGUCACAGUUUUGUGUGUAAUAGAUGAUUGGGAUUCUGAGCCCUCUUUCCUCCUCCCAGCGGCCCAAGUAACUUUCAGGCCUAGGAAGGAGUUGAGCUGCCAAGUCCUUUGAGGGGAGGUCUGCCCAAGCAGUCCCAUUGGAACUCAGGACUGGAGAGAGCAAGUGGAGUGAGGAAAGUGGAUUCUAUUGAACCCUAUGCCAACCCUCAUCUAUGUUCAGAUAGCUUGCCCCAUUUGUUAAAAAACUUUUUUUUUUGUUCAGACACACACUAGAUGGUUCAUUGUCGAAAUACAUGCUAUAUACUGAAUUAAUUAACUUCAUCUAGCAAAUAAACUACAUUCUUUCACUGAAAUCUUCCUUCAUUGGUCCAUCUACCUAUUCACAGAUCAUUAGCUACAUAGCUAAAAAAGAAGCUCAUGCAUCAUUACAAGUAUUUGGCUCUUCCUGGACUUCCUAGGGAAUAUUUCCUUGCUAUUCUUUUGUGCUAUUUUGUUCAUUACUACUUUAUUGUCCUUUAGAGUAUGUGUGAGAGAGACAGAAACUAUGUCAAUAUUUUUUAUUGUAAAGGCAAAUCAUGAAUUCCUCAACUUAAACUGCAUCUGUCUUACCAUCUUUCAGUUUUAGAAGUUCAGAGACUAAUAAAUCUUUUCUGUACCCAUGAUCAUGGGCUAAAAUAGUGAAUAAUAUAUUACUACUUAUGAUGUCACAAAUUUUGAAAUAAGCGGUGAGCUUAAUAAAAAACACAAUAGCAAAAUAAAGCACUAUAUGUGGAUAUAUAUGUAAAGAAUUUAUUGCACGUGCAUACCUAGUUUUUAUGAUUAGGAAGAACGGCGAUGUAUUUUUGUGGUGUUAGAUUCUAGAAUGCCAUGGACAACUAUUCUAUAACAGUUUUCUCGAGUAUUUUGUUCAGAUAAUUAAUUUUAUCAAAUAAAUUAGUAUAAGACGAGUUGAAUUAAGAGUCUGAAGUUUGUGUAAGCACUCAGAUACUUCAGACCAUAGGCAAGAAAUUUUAGCCUUUUCAGACAUUUAAAUAGGAAGCUUUUACUUUUUGUGUCACAUGAUACUUAAUUGUACUGCUUCCCAAACUUUGUUUAGAAUACAGAUAUGUGCUAAGGGAUUAGUUACAUAAUAUAACAUUUGAUAAUUUAAAACCCUUAAUGGGGAUUUGCAAAAUUUUCAUCACCUUAGUAGAAUCAGCAGCAACCACCAGGUUAUGUUUAUUAUGGGGUAUAAUUCAAUAUAUUUGUAUUGUGCAGCUUGAGAAAUGCCAGUGGCCAGACAGCAGCAGAUCUUGCACAAACCCAGGGCUUCCAGGAAUGUGCUCAGUUGCUCUUGAACCUCCAGAACUGCCCGCUGAACCAUUUCUAUAGCAAUGGCACUUUAAACGGGGCCCAUCAGAAUACCAGCCCCAGUCUCCUCGAUAGAGGCAUAAGUCGAAAACGAUCCUUUGAAGAUAUGAACAGUGUUGGAAUGAAGAAAGCUCGGACUGAAGGUGAGGCAUUGGGUUUCUGUCACUUUUGCUUGAAAGUAGUUUGAAUGCAGAGGCCCAAUUCAUUCCUAAUGGAAAACCAUGGUGGUUCUUUGUGGUCUCUGUGCACUCACACAUGUGGGUUCAGCACCUGCACAGAGCUCAUUCAGGAGACUUCUGAAGCUCGCAAUAUGUGCAUGUACCGAAGGGUUUGCCCCCCCCCCUAACUCGGUUCCCUUUCAACUACUACGAGAAAUGUUCUUGGCUAAAAAAAGUUAGGAGGUGGCAGCUCUACAGUCACAAGAGAUUUCUGUUUGCACAAUGGAACUUGUUUCCUCCAGCCCUGCCCCCCAUUUGUCCUCAAAUCUAGUUGGGGAACCCUCAAGCAGAUGGGGGCGGGUCAGCAUAUAGGGGAAGGAGAGGAAACAAGUCCCUUUUACCAGUGAAACCCCAGUGUUGCAGCAACAGACACAACCCAAAUCUCUGUCUACAGAAGAACUCUUAUUUUCCCGCAUCCUUUUCUCCUCUCUUAAAAACAUAAAACCAGAUGCUGUGCGUGCCCUGUGAUGCAGUUGCUGUACAGAAUGUAGACUGUGGUCUCCUGUGCCAUGUGGUCCACUGUUGUGUAAAGAAACUUGUAUGAACUUAGAACUAUUUUCAACCAUGACAAUGAAACUGUCUCAAAAUGUUCCUGUCCAAUUUACUUUUCCCUGUGAGUUAUCUUAAAUAUUCUAACUACAGUUGUUAAAGGGACGUGGGUGGUGCUGUGGGUUAAACCACAGAGCCUAGGACUUGCCGAUCAGAAGGUUGGCGGUUCGAAUCCCUGUGACGGGGUGAGCUUCCGUUGCUCGGUCCCUGCUCCUGCCAACCUAGCAGUUUGAAAGCACGUCAAAGUGCAAGUAGAUAAAUAGGUACUGCUCCGUCGGGAAGGUAAACGGCGUUUCUGUGCACUGCUCUGGUUCACCAGAAGUGGCUUAGUCAUGCUGGCCCCAUGACCUGGAAGCUGUACGCCGGCUCCCUCGGCCAAUAAAGCGAGAUGAGCGCCGCAACCCCAGAGUUGGCCAUGGCUGAACCUAAUGGUCAGGGGUCCUUUUACCCUUUACCUUUACAGUUGUUAAAGAUAUGGUUUCGUCCAGUAGACUUACUGAAGUCCAUGGGGUGUUUGUUACUUUUGAAGGGGCUGGUCUGAGUAGGCCUAGCAUUAAAUUCCACCUAUAAAAUGUUACUGUAGUUAAAUAAGAAAUAUUCACCAGUUUAAAUCAUUCUUUCCUAAACAGGUCAAAGUUUUGGUGGUCUGAUAUCUGUGAUAAAUGGAGGAACUGAAGAUGAUGCUGACAAUAUGCAUGUUGAUAGAGAAUUUCCUGUUAUAUCAGGUGGGAGUGGACAGUUUCCUGUUAACCACAACAGCAUUCAAAUGGUUGAAGAUACCAUGCAGAAGAGUGGUUCUAUUGGACCCAAAGAGAUUGAAAUAUACACAGUUUCUGCAAUGCAGACUCCUUGUCGUUGCAAGAAUCAGUAUGCAUAUUAUCUCUAACUUAAUCUUACCGCACAUGUCCCAAAGUCUUAAAACUUAUUUGCGUUGCUAAAAUAACCUUUAUAAGACAUUUUAAAAUAGCAAGAUUAUCAGUUUUGUAGAAAAUGUAAGAUAUGAGGGAAGAUGUUGACGACAGAUCCAGAUAGAUGAUCUUGUGGUUGUUCCUGUCUAGAGACCUGCAUGCCUUGUGCCUUGAUCAGAGGUGAUCCUCCUUGCUUCUUGGAAGAAUAUUCAGCAUUUGAUUAAUGCAGCAAUUAUUUAUUGUAAUUAAAAAAGGUAAAGCUGAUUGCACUGCCUUAAUAAUCAUCUGACCAGUGUAUAGGAUUGUAAAUUUAGCUUGGCGAAUGCUACCAGUUUUGCUUUGAAGGUAGCCUGAGUGCGUUAAAGCAACGGGAUGGGUCCAGGGGCAAGCAUGUCUAAUGAGUCUUGCUCGUGACAGUACCCUUAAAGUGCCCCACUGAGUGUCAGGGGCCCUCCUGAAUGUGGUGCAGAGGGGAGAGGAAUCCCAAAAUCUGGUUUUCAGAUUUUACCUGGAGGGGUGUACCACAACCUGUCCUAUUUAGCAGGGUCCCCUGUCCCUUGGAACAUUGGGGGGAGGGCUGUUAAAGCUCCCACAGUGGACUGAGGGAUCCAACCUGAUAUCUAUGUCUUGGUUUUAUUGUUAGUAUUCAGCUAAAUUGAUAGUUAAUGGAUGCUUUGGGGCUUAAGUUACUAUUUGCAACCCAUGAAGAAAGUCCUAUUCAUACUCGUUUUGUUGAAGCCCAGUCAUUAGUCACUCUUCCCAUUUCAAGGGCUGCUGGAAAUGCAUGAAAACACAUCUCUUCUCCUAAGGGCUUCCUCAGUCACUUCAGUGGAGAAAGCUGCCCAAUGCAUGCAAAGAGCAUACAAUGUGCAGACCUGCUUCAGCUUCCACUGAGAUGAAUGGAGAUGAUUGCGCACACUAUUCUCUUAGAGUAUGUUUUUUAUGCUCCACACAACAAUCUGGAUCAGCCCAGAUCUGUUAAAACUUCAGACUGGUGGUAGUUCUAUAUUUUAAAUGACUUAUUGAUGCACUUUUGCAUCUGUUAAUGUGCACAUUCGUUCUGGAGAAAAUAUUUCUCAUCUCUGGUGCAUAGGAACAUAAAGUGGAUUGGGUUAUAGUCAUUGCUGUAUAAAAUGGAAGGGGGCAGAAUCUAAUGACCCUUGAUACUGCUUUUUAAAUAGAAAAUUAAUUGUAACUUCUCACAUUGUGUUGUCCCAGUAAAUUCAACGUAAGUGUUUAUAUUGUCAUUAGAAACACGCCUACGUGAAUCUUACACAAACUUUAAUGAGGCGGUUUUUGUUGAGUUAAGGCUGUUAAGUAACUUACGUAACAACUUGAGUUGUUUCCAUUAUAUUUGAAUUAAUGGAUGAUGCUCAUUGUUGCUGGAACAGAUUUCCUCUUGCUGUCCUCCCCAUCCCACAAUCUGUUUGAGUGUCCCCCAACUCUCUAAAGCAAAUUUGGAUGGCUGCAGGGGAAGGAGAAGAAGGGAAAGUUCAUUGUAUGAGCAUUUCUGCUAGCUGACAGUCACAACUGGAUAGUGCCCAACGAUUUUGCAUGGUAUCUAAUAAAGUCCCCCCACAUCUGCUGUAGAGAACUGGGGAAUCUCAAAAAAUUCUUCCUCCUCCAUUCUGCUAAUAGAUGCUGCCCUAUUUUAAACAUACUGAUAUAAAAUACUGGUAUGCCAAAUAAUGCUUCCCUUUUUCUAAUACACUGAAUGAUUUUUUUGGGGGGGGGGAUAAUAUUGCUAGAAUAUGGCAUUUUGCCAAAACAGGGCUGAAAUUGAGUUAUGAGGCAAAAACACCUUCAUUUUUUUCAUGAAUUUCUGCAUGUGCCCAAAGAUCAUCCCUAGAAUCCAUGUAAAAUACUGACUUGUCAAACACAGAAAUGCCUUUUUUUACAUGUAAGAGAAUAUUUUAUCUUGGUGAUUUAAUUUAUUUUUGCCAAAUUGAUAUUUUUAUGUCCUACUGCUUCUAGUCCCAUUACAUAUAAACCUUCUCUUUAAAAAAGAAAUAUAACUAAUGAGAUAAUGUUUACAGAAAACUAUUAUUUUGCACUAACAAGUAAUGAGAAAAGAGACCAUUGGCUUGUUGCGAAAAAAUUUAAAAACACUAGAUCUCUAUACAUUUUGCUGUGGCCAUUCAUGGCGUUUUUGCAGCAGGGUUGUACCGACUUGAAAUUCCACUCUAAGGAAGAACAUAGAUUUAUUCUGUAUCUAAUAUUAAAUAUAAAAUUGAUAUAAAAUAAGUUUUGCUCUUAAGACAUGUUGCAUAAUCAUUCUUGCAUUUGCAUAAGGCUUUUGAUAUGCCUGCUUUACUGUGUGCUCACCUGAAAUUUAAUAAGGCAGAGUUAAUUAAUAUUGGCUUAACCUUUAAUGCUUUGAAAUUCCAGACUACUCACACAUUUAGUUUGUAUUUCAUAGUAGGGAGUUUUAUAUUCUAGUUAAGAAGUACAUCUAACCUAUUCUUUCUCCGAUUGUCCAAAAUAUUGCUUGCAGUUUUGUAUGAUCCCUUUCAUAACUGUUAGAAAUGUACUUACAUACAACUCCUAUGCAUCUUAACUUAAAAAUAAAUUCCAUUGUCUUCAAGGAAGUGCAUGUGCAGGAUUGUGAUCUUAACAGAUUAACAUUUUGAGCUUAGUUUAGCUGGAGCAGCAUUAAGUAAAUUUCAAUUACACCUUGUACAGAAAUUUUGUUUAUAAAAUGUUUUACCAGACACCUCUGUUUCUAAGGUGUAUUAGUAAACUAUAAUUGCCUAAAGCAUGAGGCUGCACUGGGUUUGUUUUGACCUUAAUUUGGAAAUAUUUUAAUAAAACUGCAAUAAAAUGGAAGAGAGCUUUUAUUUUGAUCAAGUCAACUUGUGGUGACGGGUCUAUUUCUUGACACAGAUAUGAAUUGCAGUAACUCCAUAUUGAAUGCAUUGACAAAUGGACAUAUCGUCAAUGGACAUUUGGACUUCACUUCCCCAGCUCAGCUCAAUGGAAUGAGUGCCAGGCACGAAGAAUGCCUAACACUGAUAGCACCUAAUACACUAGCCUCUGCUAAUAAACAUACAGUCAAUGUGGGCAAUAGUGUUGAGGAACCAGAAAAGGUUGUAAACGGCUCUUCUGAAAUGUGUGGCUCUUUGCAUCUGAAUGGAAGCCCAAGUAGCCUUGUUUCAAGCAGGCCAUCAUGGGUGGAUGAUCUCGGAGAUACAUUGCACUACGGACAUUACCAUGGUUUUGGGGACACUGCCGAAAGUAUUCCUGAACUUAACAGCGUUGUUGAACAUUCCAAUUCUGUUAAAGUUGCACAGAAAUAUGAUAAUACUGUCUUGGGUACAAUGUAUCUCUAUCACGGUUCCUAAAGUUGUCAAUACCAUAUUUUGUGGGUGUCGGAACAUAUUUUGGAAAAAUACUACUAAGCAAUGUAAUUUGCCUGGGGGGGCAGUAUAAUCUGAAGGAUGCAGCAAGUAACAGUUUUUACAUGUUGUUUAAGGGAAUUUGACACUUGAUAGCCUUACGCUUCUAGUUUUGCAUGCACAGAAUCCAUUAGUUCUACGAAUAGGUGCUUUUUCAAUGGAAUGUUUGGUCUUUUUUAUGACGAGUUCUAGUUUUGUACUUUUUUCCCUACGCUUAUAAACACUGUACUUUAGAACUUUUGUUUUUCUCUUUAAUUAAGCUCUUUUAAAACUAAACUUUGUGGCAAGAAUCUCAUUUUUUAUAUUAGGAAAGUACAAAUUCUCUAAUUUAAGAUAUUUCUGUUGAGACUAUGGUAAGCAAUCUCUCUGCCAGCUAUGACUAUGCAAGGAGUGGGUGGUGACAGUAAAAGCAUUUGACGCAAUCUGUUGCCUCGCUUCUCAAAAGGAGUGGCUUUUCUUUUAAUAAGUUAAUAAAUGAACUACUUAUAAAUGCAGUAAGUAGUGGUUGUAUAGUUCUUGAGACGUUUUGUUUCAUAGUUAUAUUUGGGUUGCUGCUUUUUUUAAAAAAAAAUGGUUAGCUUUUUGUAUUAUAAAGUUCACAAAACUGAUUCCUAGUAUACAACUGAAGGCAGAAAUGGGGCACUUUUUCCUUUUGCUUUGCUGCAGAUAUGCAUGCUAUUUUACCAUAGCUCACAGAAUGGCAUGAUGGCACCUUUUUACUAUGUAUGUGAAUUAUUAAAAAAACCUGUUACUCGUUGAAAUGUUGUCUGGUCAAUAUAUUUCAGCUUCAUGUUUUGUUACUCGUAUAACAUGAAUAUAUAUUUCUUUUUUUAAGAGGAAAAACACAUUGCUUUAAAAUGUUAUAUAUUUCCAGCCUGAUGUAGGGGCUGUGUUGUUGUUUUUUAAGCCAAAUUCAAUGGAAAUGCAUUGUUUGAAGAGUGAAUAGACGUAUAUGCAGAAUAUGUAAACGUGCACUGCAAAAGCUUUGUAAUAUUACUUUUGUGAUUUUGGGUAAAAUUGAUGGAUGAAGAAAGUGUUGAACUAAAAGCAAACUGUGUGCUUAACAUGUGUUUGUAUCUUUUCGUUUCUAAAGGGACCUUUACAAACUGAAUUUAAAAUAAACAAGCAGACUCCACCUUGCA